CGAGAUGACGGCGCGGGCUGCGGGAACACCACAAAGGAGCAGCGCUGUAACCUCACUCCUGCUGCCAUAGUUCGAUGUUUUAUCUGCGCUUACUUGACAAUUACGUUCAGCACAACACGUUCUAAGGGGGAAUACGCGCGAUGCCCCCCGUGAUGCGUCAAACGGCGACGGCCACUCCCCGCCCUGCCCGGGUGUAGGUUUGCACCAUGUUGAAUAAACCCAGCGAUAUGGACCACGGGCCUGAGCACUGCUCGGACUGUGGAGGCCUCCUACCGCAGCCCGACUCCCGUUCGGACGACGCUGCUGCCCCACCUGACCGGCAGCGUGCGGACAAAGCAGCCGGCGCCCCCAAAUGCCCGGGCUGCCGGGCGGGGGGCAGCCGGCCGCAUGAGCGCCGCCCGCACCGCCGCCCCCGCCUGGACCCUCACAGCUGCAGCCUGUGCUCCAAAACCUUCAUCUCCUCCACCCACCUGGCCCUUCACCUGGCCUCUCACAACAAGGAGAGGAAGUUCAGAUGCAACACCUGUGGCAAGUUCUUCCACCAGUCCUCCCACCUGAUGGCACACAAGAUAAUCCACAGCGGGGACCGGCCGUUUAAAUGCCCCGAGUGCGGCAAGACGUUCGGCCGCGCCUCGCAUCUGAAGACCCACCAGCGCCUCCACACGGGCGAAAAGCCCUUCAAGUGCACCUUCUGCGACAAGUCGUUCACGCAGAAGGCCGGGCUCCUGGCGCACGUCCGGCUGCACACGGGCGAGCGGCCAUACAAGUGCGAGCAGUGCGGCAAAGGCUUUCGCUCGCUGUCUCUAAUGCUCGCGCACAAGGCGGAGGAGUCGUCCGGCCGGGCCAAACCGGCCGCGGCGCCGAAGCAGACCCAGCAGCAGGGCGCAAGCGGCAACGCGGAUCUGAACUGUGGCGUCUGCUGCCGCACCUUUGUGCGUUCUUCGUACAUCAGGCUGCACAUACGCCUCAACAAAGGACAGCGGCCUUAUCACUGCAAAGUGUGCAACAAGACCUUCGCCAAGCUGGAUACUUUCGUGACACACUGCGAUAAACACUUGAGGCAGAAAAGGGAUAAAAGUGCGGGAAAGGAGGUUUAUGACAAAGUCGUUAAACCCCCCCAGUUUGUUCCGCUCUCCGGGUCGCCGCCUCCCGAACCGUUAGCCGCUCAGCCUUUAUCCUCGGAGGUCAACACGCGCUCAAGAGCCAAAGCAAAGAGUAAAACGGAGCCGUGACCCAGAAGGGGGGAAGAGGCAGAGACAAAAAGUGCUCAUGUAGUGUCAUGUUGAUGGAAAUUUAAAAAAAAUUGAGAACUGAAAACCUUGCACCCUCCGAUGACAAGUUAUGUUUACAAAUGAUUUGAGAAAGGGUCAAACAGCACAUUUGUGGUUAAAAAAAUCUCCCAAAAUACUGUAACAUAUAUAUAUAGAAACAAGUUUAUUCAUUUCCAAGUUAUUUUGUUAAUGAUUCAUUUAUUGUGUACCACAAUGUUGUUAUUCAAUGCCUAUUUCAGCACAUUGGGCUAAUUGCAAGUUGUGACUGUAGCAUUUCAUUGAUGUACUUCGUUCACUUUAAUCUUUGAAGAUAUAAAAUGGUAUCUAAACCAUCAAA